AUUAUUUUGCACCGAGUCAAUCACAUUCUUAUUCAUUUGAUUUGAGGCUAAGUUACUUUACCAUUUUUGAAUUCUGAACAGUUUCCAGAUUUCGUGAUGAACGUAGCGACAUUUGUUGGGGCCUAUGUAGUGGCAUUCGUAUUGCUAUGGAGACUCGCCAUAGUGGGUGUUCCAUUUGUGGUGCUUUUAAUUAUACCAGGUUUAAUCUACGGAAGGAGACUAAUGAGCAUAGCCAGUAAGAUGAGAGAUGAGUAUGGUAAGGCGGGUACAAUAGCAGAACAAGCACUAUCUUCAGUCAGAACUGUUUAUUCUUUUGUGGGAGAGGACAAAACUGUUGCUGAGUACUCUGAUUCUCUUCAAGGGACUGUGAAUUUGGGUUUGAAGCAAGGCUUAACAAAGGGUUUGGCCAUUGGUAGCAAUGGAAUUGUCUAUGCGAUUUGGGCUUUCUUGUCUUAUUAUGGUAGCAGAAUGGUCAUGUACCAUGGGGCUCGCGGAGGCACCGUGUUUGUGGUUGGCACAACCAUUGCCAUCGGCGGAUUGGCAUUUGGUUCUGGAUUAUCCAGCGUGAAGCACUUAUCGGAAGCAAGUGCUGCUGGUGAACGCAUAAUGGAAGUAAUAACAAGAGUCCCCAAAAUUGAUACAGAGAACAUGGAAGGCCAAGUUUUACAAAACGUUUCUGGGGAAGUUGAAUUCAAACAUAUUGAAUUCGCAUACCCAUCAAGACCCGAAACCAUAAUUUUUGCAGAUUUUAACCUGACAAUUCCUGCAGGCAGAACAGUGGCCUUGGUUGGAGGAAGUGGGUCUGGAAAAUCCACAGUGAUUGCACUUUUGCAGAGGUUUUAUGACCCUCUUGGAGGUUUGAUUCUUCUUGAUGGAGUUGCCAUUGAUAAGCUUCAGCUCAAGUGGCUAAGGUCACAGAUGGGUUUAGUUAGUCAAGAGCCUGCACUAUUUGCCACCUCAAUCAAAGAGAACAUACUUUUUGGCAAAGAAGAUGCUUCAAUGGAAGAAGUUAUUGAGGCUGCCAAAGCUUCUACUGCUCAUAACUUCAUUUGUCAGUUGCCUCAGGGAUAUGAUACCCAGGUUGGUGAGAGAGGUGUUCAGAUGUCAGGGGGACAGAAGCAGAGAAUUGCAAUUGCAAGAGCCAUAAUCAAGGCACCCCGAAUACUCCUACUUGAUGAAGCCACCAGCGCAUUGGACUCGGAAUCUGAACAAGCCGUGCAGGAAGCACUGAACAAGGCUGCCAUGGGCCGCACCACCAUCAUCAUCGCUCACCGUCUCUCCACCAUCCGAAAUUCAGACCUUAUAACUGUUGUCCAGAAUGGCCAGGUCAUGGAGACCGGCUCGCAUGAUGAGUUGAUCCAAGACAAAAAUGGCCUAUACACAUCACUCGUGCACCUUCAACAAACUGAGAGAAACAAAGAGAAAGUUUCAAUUACAAAUAGUAAUGCCUCAACAUCAUUGUCCUUUGCAAACAUGGAUAUGCACAAUACAAGUAGUCGAAGACUAUCAAUGGGUAGCCGGUCUAGUUCAGCUAACUCAGCUGCACCAAGCCAUGGAGGAGGAGAGUAUGCUGCAGUUUCCGGUGAUCAGGUUUUUCCAGUUCCUUCAUUUCGAAGAUUGUUAGCUAUGAAUCUUCCUGAAUGGAGGCAAGCAACAGUUGGUAGUGUAAGUGCGAUUUUAUUUGGUGGAAUUCAACCGGUGUAUGCUUUUACAAUGGGGUCAAUGUUAUCAGUGUAUUUCUUGCCGGAUCAUAGUGAGAUCAAAAGGAAGACAAGAAUUUAUGCAUUGUGUUUUGUUGGGUUGGCGGUGUUCUCGCUUUUGAUAGGUUUAAGUCAGCAUUAUAAUUUUGCGGCCAUGGGGGAGCACUUGACCAAGAGGAUUAGAGAGAGGAUGUUUUCCAAGAUACUCACUUUCGAAGUUGGCUGGUUUGAUAAGGAUGAGAAUGCCAGUGGUGCUAUUUGCUCCAGGCUUGCUAAAGAUGCCAAUGUGGUGAGAUCUUUGGUUGGUGAUCGGAUGGCCCUCAUUAUCCAAACCCUCUCAGCAGUGACCAUUGCUUGCACCAUGGGCCUGAUCAUUGCAUGGAGGCUUGCAGUGGUCACAAUAGCUGUCCAACCACUCAUCAUUAUCUGCUACUAUUGCAAGCGAGUCCUACUCAAAAGCAUGUCCCAAAAGGCGGUCAAAGCCCAAGAUGAAAGUAGCAAGCUUGCUGCCGAAGCCGUCUCUAACCUCCGAAUCGUCACUGCCUUUUCCUCCCAAGCCCGAAUUCUCCAAUUGCUCAAAAAAGCUCAAGAAGGCCCACAACGCGAAAGUAUUCGACAAUCAUGGUUUGCAGGUCUUGGACUUGGUACCUCUCAGAGCCUUAUGACAUGCAGUCGGGCACUAAGCUUGUGGUAUGGGGGCAAACUCAUUGCUGAGGGAUACAUUGGGGCACAAGCAGUUUUCGAAACCUUCAUGAUCUUAUUAAGCACCGGCCGUGUCAUAGCUGCUGCCGGAUCUAUGACUACUGACCUUGCCAAAGGUUCCGAUUCAGUCAGGUCCGUGUUCGCUGUGUUGGAUCGGUAUUCCCUAAUAGAACCUGAAGAUCCAGAAGGUCACCAACCUGAGAAAAUAACAGGUCAUGUGGAGCUACGCGAUGUUGAUUUUGCAUAUCCUGCUAGGCCUGACGUGAUGAUCUUCAAAGGCUUUUCAAUCCGGAUGGAGGCAGGGAAAUCAACAGCAUUGGUGGGACAAAGUGGGUCCGGAAAAUCAACAAUAAUCGGUCUGAUUGAGAGAUUUUAUGAUCCACUUAAAGGUGUAGUAAAAAUUGGUGGUCGGGAUAUAAGAUCAUACCACCUUAAGGCACUAAGGAAACACAUUGCACUUGUUAGCCAAGAGCCCACAUUAUUUGCUGGUAGCAUAAAGGAGAACAUUAGGUAUGGAGCCUCAGUUGAAGUCAAUGAGUCCGAGAUCAUCGAAGCUGCCAAGGCAGCCAAUGCUCAUGAUUUUAUUACAGGCCUAAAGGAUGGAUACGAUACUUGUUGUGGUGACAGGGGAAUACAGCUCUCCGGAGGCCAGAAGCAACGUAUUGCCAUAGCCCGCGCCAUACUGAAAAACCCGGCAGUGUUACUGUUAGAUGAGGCCACCAGUGCACUGGAUAGUCAGUCAGAGAAGGUGGUUCAAGAUGCACUAGAGAGGGUGAUGGUGGGGAGGACCAGUGUGGUGGUGGCUCACAGGUUGAGCACAAUACAGAACUGUGACACCAUUGCUGUUUUGGACAAAGGAAAAGUUGUGGAGAAAGGGACCCACUCUUCGUUAUUAGCUAAAGGGCCCAGUGGGGCCUACUACUCUCUGGUCAGCCUCCAGACGACACCCAACACCAACCAUGAAGUCAACUAGUUGCCAUGGAAAGAAAGAUGCUUUGCAGACUAAUUUUGCCGUCAAACACAUGGAGCGAUGCUUAAGAAUGCCAAACGAUUUACCAAAAAAACAUAGGUCUGAUUUGAGGUAAAGUGUAUGGAAUAGUGAAGGUUGGUUGCAUGUGUUAUUGUUGCUCUGAAUCUCACUUUGAAAUAAUGGUUUCUUAUUAAAUGUAAAUGUGUAAUAAUUUUAGACAAGAUAAGUGUAGGGUAGUGUACGUGAAUUUAUCCAAAUAAUCUAUUGACAAUCAAGUCAUGUCGUAUUUCUAUAACAGAACAUCUUCUCAAUCCCGUGUAUUUUUUACUCACGAUUAUUAUGCA